AUGGUUCUGUGUUUAUUAAAUGUUCCUCAUGUUUUAUAGAAAUCUUAACAAAACAUAACUCAUGAUCAGCUGAUGUGAGUGAACAUGGAGGAGAGCCGUUGGCUGAGACACCUGUCAAUCAAACUGUUAAACAACUACAGCUCCCAUGAGGCUUUGCGCGGUGGCCUUCGGGGAUAUUCCCGCCCGUCCCGUGGAUUAAUGCCGAUCAGCGAUGAUUGACGUGCCCGUCGACCAGCCGGCGGCGGCGCAGUGGCACGCGGCCAACCCCGUGCGGCGGGGGGCGGGGCCUCGCGGAGGGGGCAGGGCGGGAGGUGUCAUGGAGGAUCAGUAGGCGAACCGCGGCCGUCAGAGCAGAUCUGCCCCCGCUGCCCCGCUCCGAUCCCCGGGACCCGGUCCAGUGUUCACCGACGGUCUCCUCACGCGCACGGAUCAGUUCGACAUGGACAUGAAGAAGCGGAUCACUCUGGAGGUUCGGAGCCGGAACCCGGCGGAGAUCGUGGAGCUGGUGGUGGACAACAGUCGCUCAGCAGACGGGGAGGUUGAAGGUCUGACAGACGAGUUCUCCACUCUUGAGUUCCUCAGUAUGGUGAACGUGGGUCUGAACUCUCUGAGUAAACUGCCCUCACUGCCCAAACUACGCAAGUUGGAGCUGAGUGACAACAACCUAUCUGGUUCUCUGGAGACUCUGUCAGAGAAAUGUCCAAACCUCACGUACCUCAACUUGAGUGGGAACAAGAUCAAAGAGCUGAGCAACGUGGAGGCGCUGGUGAACCUGAAGAACCUCCAGAGUCUGGACCUGUUCAACUGUGAGAUCACGUCACUGGACGACUACAGGGAAAGCGUGUUCGAGCUGCUGCCGCAGGUCACCUACCUGGACGGCUUCGACCAUGAGGACAACGAGGCGCCCGACUCCGAGGAUGAAGACGAAGAUGAGGACGGCGAGGACGGGGCAGGUGCGGCCGGCGACUACGACGACGAGGAUGACGACGACGAGGAUGACGAGGACGGCUCGGAGGGAGGAGAGGUGGUGGGGCGGGGCUUCCAGGUGAACCGGGCCGAUCAGGAUGAUGAAGACGAGGACGAGUACGCAGAGGAGGAGGAAGAGGACCAGGCCGGCAUCCAGGGAGAGAAGAGGAAGAGGGAUGUGGAUGAUGAAGGCGAGGAAGAUGAUGACGACGACGAUGACGACUAGUCGACUCGUCGCCUGUCUCGUCCUGUUUCUGUCCGUCCGUCCACCUCUGACCUCCGCCUGACAACAAUCACUGCAAACAUGGCAACAACAAAAACAACAACAACAGGAAGUGAUCCAGAUCCUGUUCAGUUUAUUUUUAGAUACUAAAGAAGAUUUUAUCAGAACUUUGCCUGUUGGUUCUCAGCUGGAAACGUUUCCCUUUAAAACCCGGUUCAGGAUCCAAGAUACUGUCACACCCUGGUCCUGGUCCUGGUCCUGAACUGAUGCUGGACGUGGUUCUACUGCUCGUCAUCUGAGAGGGUAUGAACACCAGAACUCUCUGUCUCCCCCUGGUGUCCGUGUUGGACUGAACAGCUUCUCCGGGCCAGAACCUCUCUGAUCCAUCCCUCAGGUUACCAUAGUUACCCAAUGCUGCCCCCUACUGACCCAACACUGCCUCCUACAGUUCAUGUAUCUGCUGCGUUGUUUCUCCUGAAUCACCUGUGAUGAUUUUCGUUGUCACAGCGACUCGGACCCCGAAGUCCGAGCUUUGAAAAUCUUCUUGUCGGAACUGGACUGAGAAUGUUUCCUCUGAGCGGAACCGUCAAGUUCUUCUUCUUCUUCCUCUUCUAAUUCUUCUUCCCCUUCUUCUUCUCUCUGAGCUCCGUGUUCAGACCCAUGUACACCUCCACCCUGUGGUUCAGGAUCAGAACCGGUUCAGACUCUGGGCUCCUCCCCCUUCAGGAUGCAGUGUGUCUCCCGGCCAAUCAGAGAGGACACGAGGGUUCAGGAUCCUCCUUCUCCGCUGUCUCAGGUCCACAGGACGUCACAUUAAUAAUAUUCCCCGUGUGUGUUUGAUUUGCUGUAGGGAUUCUUCAGGGAUGUUCUGGGCGGGUGGGAGGAUCUUAGUUUUGAUGUUUGGUUUUUUAACUUUGUCUGUUUUUAGUUUGAUGUGAAACCGAGCGGCUCGUCCACAAACUGCCCGUCCCGCUGCCGCCCCUCAGGCUCCGCCUCCUCAACACCACUCUGACCAGCGGUGCAUUUAGGUGCUCUUCAUCAUCAUCAUGAACACGUGAUGAAGAGCACCUGAACGCACCACUACAGUGGUUAAUGGGAUAUCGUGGGGCUAGUGGAUGCUGCAGCUGUCCUCCAUCGUUGAGCUGGUGGAAGGAGGCGGAGUCUGAUACGACCUUUAACCUUCUGCUGCAGCGAGAAACAAACCAGCUGAUGUGAAACAAGAUGGCGUUGUGUGAUCGUGUGGUUUGUUCUGACGCUGCAGCUUCGUCUUCGUCGUUUCUCUUGACUGUGAAACAUUUUCUCUCGUUUACACUUUUCAAAUCAGUGACUGACCUCUGACCUCAGAGCAGCUGAUCGUUUUUUCUCCAGAUUAAUUUUUAAUCUGAAAUUUCAUUUCAAAUAUUUUAUUUUUAAUUUCAUCUUUUAAAAACAAAUUUCUAUCCAGUCAAACUUUUAAAGAUGAACUUGUUUCUUCAGUUUGAUCAAUCACCUGUUACCAUGGAGACCAAAAUAUUCAUAUCAAUCUGUCCAUAACUUAUUGAGUCAAACUGAAAACAAACGAUCAGGUGACCUCCAACAGAGGUCGUGUAGAGGUCAUGUCACGUGACCUCUGGGUGUCAACAUGUGCUGUUUUUAAAAGUGUAAAGGUCGAAGGUCACGUGUGUCCGACCUGCUGAGGUCGUGUUCAACUGGUUUUUAAUAUAAUAAUGUAAAUACACUCAGCUCAGUUUUGUUUUGUUAACUAAGAUUUUUUUUGUUUCCUUUGGCGAGGCGACCUUUGACCCAAGCUCACUCCUCCGUCAGCUGUUAGUUUCCCCCGUGGUCCCGUCCGGGGUCACGACCUCUGUGUGUUGUAAUAAAUCAGUUCUGAGGGUUUUCAAUAAAACGUAUAAAAGUGAAA